AUGUCACCGUUGAUUUGCAUUCUGAGUUCACCUGAAGUACUUGAUUUUUCCUAUAACAACUUCAAUGGCAAGCUUCAUCCAUGCUUAGGAAACUUCAGUUCCUUGUCUGUACUUCUACUACAAACCAACAACUUCCAUGGCAACAUCCCAAAAGCUUGGGCAAUGGGGAGCAGCUUAAAGAUGAUUGACUUAAGCGAAAACCAAUUCCAAGGUCAGCUACCGAGAUCAAUGGCAAAUUGUAUGAUGUUAGAGUAUCUUCAUGUCGGUAACAAUCCGAUCAAUGAUACUUUUCCCUUCUGGUUGGGAACUCUUUCUCAGUUGAAGGUUCUUGUCCUCCUUUCUAAUGGAUUUCAUGGUGGAAUAAAGAGUCAUAAAACCAAUUAUGCAUUCCCAAAGUUGCAUAUAAUUGAUCUCUCUCGAAAUAAAAGCUCUGGAAAAUUGCCCGCAGAGUAUUUCCAACAUUGGAAUGCUAUGAAAGUUGUUGGUGCAAAUGAUCAGUUGAUAUACAUGGAGCUACCGUUUGCCGGAGAUGAGUGGGUAUAUUUUGUCCAAUACAGUACAGUUACAAUGACAAACAAAGGCAUAAGGUUGGAGUAUGAGAAAAUCCAAGAUGUGUUCAUGGUCAUUGAUUUCUCAAGCAAUAGAUUUGAAGGAGAAAUUCCAGAAGUUGUAGUGAGUCUUAAAGGUCUUCAUUUGCUAAAUCUUUCCAAUAAUGCUCUGAAUGGUCAUAUCCCAUCAUCUUUAGGGAACUUGACACGUAUAGAAUCAAUGGACCUUUUCCAAAACAAGUUGUUUAGAGAGAUACCUCCACAACUAACACAACUCUUUUUUGUUGCAUCCUUUAAUGUCUCCAACAACCGUCUCACAGGACCUAUACCACAUGGAAGUCAAUUUGACACAUUUGAAAAUAGUUUAUUUGGAGGUAAUUCAGGAUUGUGUGGAAGCUCGUUAUCAAAGAAAUGUAGAGAUUUCAAGUACCCUCAGACUCCACCUUCUCCCUUAGAAGAGAAUGAAAGCUCAGAAUCUCCAUUUGAAUUUGGUUGGAAAGUAGUUGUCAUAGGGUAUGCAUGUGGAUUUGUAAUUGGAGCUAUAAUUGGGCAAAUUGUGAUUGCAAGGAAGUAUGAUUGGUUUGUGAAGAUUUUUGGAAAGAUGUAG